AUGUUUCAAACACAUCAUAUUAGGUUUGUUGUGCGGAGGUAUUUGACAUUAAUAAUAUCAAUUUGCUUGAUCCUGUCGGUAAAAUUUGGUACGGUACAAGCCGAAAGAUGGUCGCGACAGGUGUCAAACAGCGAAUGGAUACCAUUGACGAAUCCUAGAGCAACGCAAACUCAAGUCGAGCAAAAUGGCCCCACUACGGGACUUUUAACGAGUGGAAGCGCGCAGUUACCUCAACUUCCUCAGCUUUCCUUGCCGUCGGCGCUUCAGCAACAGUACCAAGAACAGUUGCUGCAACUACAGAAGACGCAAGAGAAUAUACAGAAACUAUUGUUGUUGCAGCAACAACUCAGAGCCCAGCAACAGCUUCUACAGUCUCAGACGUUUCUACCUAGCGGCUUCAGCAAUGCAGAUGAGGAGAAACAACUGCAUCAAGGCGGAUUAGGCAGUUCGCAGGUGGCAAAUCUUGCGUCGGAAGAUUUGGUACCACCUCUUCCUGCCUCUGAAGCAUUGCCACCAGCUUUUCCAGCACAAAACUUCCUACCCCAACGACCACGACCUCACGCACCGACCAAACAAGAUGCAAGCCUUGUGCAAGAGUUUAGUAACCUGCCCGGGCAAGAUUUUAAGAAUAGCCAACUGUUACAACAGAGUCAGAAUGUUGGAAACAUUGAACAGAUUGAAGAGAAUCAAAGACAAGGCGCGAAACAGAUGAAGCAAACGAGUCAUUCCUCCUUACCGCCUCAGGGUGAAAGUGGACAAGAUGAAGAAGAAGAGGUGCAAUUAGUUUAUGUCCCAGCAGAAACAUUGGCACAACGAGGUCAGCCGAAAAGAGGCCGUGGAAGGAAACAGUAUCCUUCCCGUCAACAACAACAACAACAGCAGCAGCACCAGCAACCUCAACAAACACACCAACAUCACGAAAAUCAAGGCGUAGAUGGCGUACACGAACAGGAUACGUUAGCUCGAGAAAUUUUGCAACAAAUCCAGUUGGAACGUGAGGAAAAAGCCCAAUUUCUGAAAGAAGAACGAAUGAAAGAAAUUGCCAGGCUGAACGAAGAACAAAGAGCAUUAGAGAGAAAAGCUCGUCUCCAACAAGAAGCUCUCCAAAGAGAACAGGAGAUACAAAGACAACGGGAAGCAGAGAAGAAGAAAAAAGAAUUAGAAAAAUUAGAAGAAUUAGCUAAGCAAAGAGAAUUGGAAAGAAUUCGAGAAGCCAGAGAAAAACAACGACUUGAGGAACUAGAGAGAAGAAGGUUAGCCGAAGUUCGAGCAAAAGAAGAGAAACGACGAGCAGAAGAAGCGGCUAGACAGAGAGAAGCUGAAAGACUUGCUGUUCUGGAAAGGCAGAAGGAAUUGGAUAUCCAACAGGCCUUGAAGCAGCAAGAGAUCUUAGAGAAACAACGUGAAAGGGAAACUAGUGUGACUGGUCCAGAGCGUUCUGAGAAUCAAAAUGUACAAGCUCAGGCUCUCCCUUUAAUCAGAGAUCAACACCAACAGUUUCAUCGUCAACAUUUCUCAGAAGCGCCAAAACAAAGUAAAACUAAAAUCAGAGGACGGCAAAGGCAGAGAACUCCGUCGUACCAGGACCAACAGAACUAUAGACAAACAACUACAACUCCUUCUCCUAAUCAGCCUCCCUUAUCAGUCUAUAUGGCAGGUUCCAAUUCAAAGACAGCUAAUAUUAAAGUGUCUGACGUAUUAAGGAUAUUAAAAGAUGCUAAAACUAUAGCUGUUCUGGAUACAGUUGGUCCAGAUACUCCUCAAGUAUUUGUAGGUCCAACUAGCUUAGAACCGCCAAUAGGUUAUGCUAAGUUUGAUCUUCCUUAUUUAUCGUCUAUUGACCACAACCGAGUGGAAAGGAAAGUCGAUAAAUUGCCUUUCUUUGUGGCACCCCUUAGUUUCGACCCACCCCCAGGAUAUUCUAAAAUUCCCUUCCCAGCGCCGCAUAUUGGGUCAGUGGUGGUAAAUACUUUGGAUAAUACCGAUCCAAAAGAGACCGAUAAUCAUAAUCCUAGUCCCACUCCACUAAUAGAACCUAAUUCUUACUUAGACGGUUUAAACAGUGAAUCUAAUCCUACUACUCCUUUGUACGAGCCCCAGACGACCAUAAGCUACUCUCCAGAAUUGUCGAGUACCCCGAAAUAUGAACAACCAUACUCAGCAACGCCAUCUCCCGGGUAUUCUGGAUCCAAGUUCAGGUUCAGACAGUAUUACAAUGACAAUAAGCCAGCCUCUGUAAUUAGUACGUCUUAUUACGAUGAUCAAAGGUCCACAGUGAGGAAGCAAAAGUAUUACGACGAAAAUUUAAGGACUACUGAAAUUCCCGUGCAAAGUUCCAAAGUGGAGACAUCAUUGAGUCACGCGGAAGAAGUUUCUUAUUCUACCACACCUAGUUUCAAAGAAGAAACAAUAGGUCAACAGGACCCCUCGGGUCAGCUAGCAUUAAUUAAUCAGCAGUUGGCUCAGCAGAGAGAAACACAAGGAUAUAACACUGAUGUACAAUAUAGUCAGCACAAUCCCCAGGUCUCUACUGGUCUCACUGGUAGUUUCGACGGUGAAAUCACUGCUGGUGAUAUUAACGACGUUAGAGCUCCCGUUGGACCCACGCAGUAUAGUUUGCCGGCAGAACUACCAGCGAUCUCACCGCACCUUCCUGGUCUGGUAAACUCUCUAUUGGAUAAGAACGAGGCAAAACUUCAAGCUGGUACGACCACCACGACCACUAGCACUACUACUACUACUACAACGACGCCGCGUACUCCUACGACCACGUAUAGGCCUCGUAGUAGACAGAGAAGCAGAAUAGUUUCCACGAGGCCUAAAACAACAACUGAAGCUCCAGCUACAAGAGCAAAUGUAGACAGAAGUCGAAGACCGUACAAUAGAUCUAGAUCUAGAUUCACAACUACUACAGAGGAGUAUCGCGAAUCCGCUUACGAGCCAACUAAAUCUAAAAUCCCGGAAACCACGUUGAGAUACAAUGUAGAGCACAGGAGACCAGUCAGCAGGACACACAAGUACAGAAGUCGAGAUAAGACUAGUCAACAAUCUGAGGUCCUCGGACACGCUCAGAACGUACAAACACAACAAUCGUACGACACCGUGUCCCAUAGUGAUUCGAAUUCCUCUACGUCAAACACGUUCCUUCCUGCAACCGGGUCAGAUACGAGUGGUAGUCGUCAGCUGGAUUCGUCGUCAAACUUGAACGACUACGCCCCAGAGAAUUAUCCCUCCACUACUGUCAGCACUACCGAGAACUAUCCUCCUCUCCACGAUGUCACGGUAAAUCACGGAUCCGCUAUGGUUUCGGAAGAUUAUUCAAGAAGUCAAAACUAUCCUCAGAAUAUUCAAGAGGAGCCACAUUAUCGACCUAAUUAUGAUCAAUCUACCCUUGAACAGACUGGUCUAGAACAUAGUCCAGUGAAUGGAUUUAAUUAUCAGGCUCAAAACGAAGAAUCACUGGAUCAAGGAAUUAUUCAGAGGCCAAAGAAUUAUCAGUUGGAUGGAAAAGUAGAAAAUAGUGACUUCGAGUUGGCUACGACUGUUGAUCCGAGAUUUAGGGCAUCAGAAGAUGAACGUUACUCGCCGAUUUACGAGGUGAAUGUACCGCAACCGCAGUCAGAGUACACUUUGACGGGACAGGAUAAUCUGCAUCGGGUGGAAAGCGAGAAGAUUCAGUCUGCCGUUGCUGAUGCUAAUCCUAACGAGGACCCGAUAUUUAUCCCGUUGCCGGAGAAUAAACAGGAAGACUAUGAAUUGCCAGUUUCUUCCACGGAGAUUUCAUUGUCAGAUAUAACAUUAGAGACAACUACAACGAGCACAACUCCUGUAGUAAUACGACAGCGAGUUCGAGGACGUGUUGGCACUCGACCGCACCAUGAAUCUUCGGUUCAGACACGGAACAGAGGUUCACAGGAUGAGUACGUUCGUUUCAACGUGGUGAAACAAGACUCUACUCGAACCUCCCCUAGUAGACAAAGAGUCAGAUCUAGAUCUCGUACCCAGAAUCAUGGGUCCCACACUCAGACUGACGAUAGCGAUUACAUUAAGAUUCAUGCGGUACAGCAGCAAAGGUCAAUCGCUACAACCACACCAACGCCAUCUACAACCACUACUACGGUACGUCCAACGGAAGAGGACAUUGAUUAUGGAUUUAUAAGACCACCGAACUUCCGACCAGUACAUCCAGUGGAUAACAGAUACCAAGCACCUGUAACGUACCGGCCCCAAUUUCCAGAGGUGCCACAGCAAUCACUGUUACCGAAUGAUGAGACCGCAGUGGAAUCGAAUCCUCCACAGACACAGCUGCUGAAAAAUCGUCAGAAAUACCAACCGACUCCUAGCCGUCGCUUACCACCAAAGCCAACCACCUUGCCACCACCCACAACAACACCAGAAACCAUCACGACUACUGAAAGAAUACCUGUUGCCACAGUACUUCCAGAUGAUGCGAUAUACACAGCUAAAUCAAAAUCUCGAACAGAUGAAACAAAACAGACUCGAGUAAGAAGUAGAGUCCGCCGACCUGGUAGAAAACGUGUAACUACCACUAGUACCGAAUCUGUGUUGGAGGCGCAUAAUGAGCUACCACUGGACGAAAAUUAUCCUCCAAUACGCCCACAGCCCGUGACCACAGAGCAACAACAAAGCUUGUACGACGAUAAUUACGAUAGCGCCGGAGGAUUCUCCGGUGGAACACGUAAUCCAACCGGGCAUCAAUUCUACGAGACCUCUAGCGAAAACUAUCCACCCGAGUUCCUCCUGAAUUUCGGGAACUAUCCAGCCCAGCAGGUUCAACGUGAGGAAUACGACCAAACUCAAUUAGCCAGUAAUGCGCCAAGAAGAUACACUCAAGCUUCGAGAGCGAGACCUUCGCCGGAGGAUGAUCAUCCAACGACAGCGGAUAUCUAUGGGGCAGAGAGUCAGUGGUCCACCAAACUGACGAGGGCUUCAUUCCAACCAAGUUUCGCAGUGAAUCAAGUACCCGGGGAAAUUUCGAAGGGGAACCAGUGGUUCCACGAAUCUCUAAAAGACAGCAAGCCGCCUGAGAUAAUCACUGCCGCGCCAGAACCAUCGUCUGUAACAUUGGUGGUCUCAUCGAAUGACAAGAAAAUAAAGCAAGCUCAGGAGGAUGAGGACGAGUCAAUGCUGCUAGGUACCACGAUAUUCGGUAGAAAGACCAGUGUACAGGAUCACACGGAGAAGAUGAACUCGACUGAGACGACCACAGUAACGCCAGUAGCGAAACAGAAAAAUGGAAAUGUGGAUGAAGCUAGUCAAGAUAAGGAAACUUGGCAGAGGGACAGAGUGGAGAGUUCCACGGAGCAACAGAGUGUCGAUAUUGAGAAAAUUGAGAAGAAGAACGAUAAUCCUACUACUGUGAAGAAGACAGCACGAAGGAGAAGAGUCCGUAUUAGAGUUAGACCGACCGUCGAUGAUUUUGUUACGGCUGAGUCCCAACACUUCAACUCUGCUCUGAAUGGCUUGUUUCGAAACCAAUACAAGUACAGUCCCAUCCGUGAGUCUAAACUUCCAGCAGCAUCAUCGAGUCCACCGGAAAAGUCGGUUCUACAAGACUUUCUAACCGAGAUACUGAAGAAUGACGAACCCACGAAGAUCACGACCACAGAAGUACCAGAAGUUGCGUGGACUAUGUCUCCAGCCAUGACAACUCCUAUAGUGAUGCCCGAAGACGUGGAUGGAACUACGGAAAUUCAGAUUACUACGAUGCCAACCACAUACAAAACUGAAGAGGCAACGAUCACAGAGACUCCUUAUAAAGAUUUAUUUGCAAAGCUAGUUCAGGAACCACGAGAUAUUAUAAAGGUGAACGAUAAAGAAGAGAAACAGAACAACGAGACAAAAACCGAUAAAGAGGAAAAAGAACAGAAAACCUGGGGAUCAAUGAAGAAAUGGAACCAGAAGAGUGCCCAAAAUACAUUGAACUUCGAUUCAAUAGCUGGUAAAUAUAGGGCUAAGAAUAACGACGUGAAUAAAUCGGACGAUAAUUCAGACAGAGUUCCAGGUGUCGAGGAACUGACCGUUGAUGAGAAGAAAUCGGAAAGAAAGAGCGAUGUGGUAGAAACUCCUAAUGAAAUGGACGAAGGAAAUUCAUCAGAGUUUUCAGAACAUAACGAAGAACGACAGAAUGGAGACUAUAACUAUCCUAAGAACCACAGGGCCAAAUGGAGCGAGGUAAGAUAUCCGUCCGCCUUUGAACAUUCUAAAACUUCUUGGAGCUAUGAUUCAGUGAAAACGAGCGGUAGAUCCGGCACAUCGUCGAUUCCUGGAUUAAUAACAAAGAACGAAGGAGACACAAGCGUGAAAACGCUCUCGGACUACGUCCAAGCAAUCUUUGAUACUAUGAAAAGUGCCGAGGAGGAGACAACGAUGACAUACACGGAAGAUCCGGAUGACAUUAUAACAACCACGCAACCUCCUCUGUCAGAGAUGGAAUUUCCGAUUCAUGCUAAUGAGUCAGAACAGGAAGAAUUAACGAUAAAUGACGCUGAGGUAAAGACGACUACUCAAUUGAGCUUCGAGGAAACGGAAACAACGAAUAGUAUCGGUGCAAACGACAUAGAGGUGACGCAGACGAUUGCGCCCACGACGGAUAUUGAUCUGGACAAAACAACGACCUUGGGACGAAUAGACACCAUCUCCGACACAACAACGAGUUCGUCGUCCGCACAUUUGGCCACGGAUCCUCCUUUGUCAACCACUCUGAAGCCCAAUAGUACUACCGUUGUGCCAAGCAAUUCAACUGAAUCGAUAUUGGGGAAGGUUCUGCGAACUUCAACGACUACGAGAGUUUCCCAUAUGACGGAAAUCUGCUACAGAGGCCGAUGCGUAAUGACGAGGCCUAGUCGAGACGAUCGGUUCAGAUGA